AUGAAAGCAACAACAACACACAUGCAAAGGCUUUUUUGUCCGUCAUUCCAUCGUUCAUUUGGUGUUACAAUCCACCAAUCAACAUCCUCAUUCCUAUCACAAAAGUGUAAAAAUCAACAAACACUUGCUGCAUGGUUGUCUCAAUGUAUUUCUCUCCAGAGAAAACCUGUUCGGAUCAUUGUUUCAAAUUCCAAUGAUCCCUUUUUCAAUUUAGCUACUGAAGAUUAUUUGUUUAUUGAUGAAAAGAGUAAACAGGUUGAAACUUUGUUUUUGUGGAGAAAUGAUAAGACUGUAGUGAUCGGAAAACAUCAAAAUCCCUAUAAAGAAUGUAACAUUUCAAAGAUGACCCAAGAUGGAGUCAAUCUCGUACGAAGAAGAUCGGGAGGUGGAGCAGUUUAUCAAGAUUUAGGAAAUAGUAUUUUUACUUUCAUUUCUCCAAAAGAGUACUAUUCAAAGGAACAGAAUUUUGAAAUUUUAAUUAACGCUCUCAAAAAUGGAUUUAACAUUCAAAGUGAACUCAGUGGAAGAAAUGAUUUAAUUUUGUCUGAAUGUAAGAGAAAAAUUAGUGGGUCUGCUUUCAAGCAAGGAAAAGAUGUUUGUGUUCAUCAUGGAACCAUGUUGCUCAAUCUUGAUGUUAAUGCACUACAAAAUUAUUUAACUCCACACAAACUGAAAUUAUUGAGCAAGGGAGUGGCGAGUGUUGCAAGUAGAGUUUGCAAUUUAACAACAAUAUCUCCUAUCAUUUCUCAUGAAACUCUGAACAAAUGUAUUAUUACUGAAUUUUGUAAGAGGCAUGGAUUUAAUUCAAGUCAAGUAGAAAUCGAGAACAUUGAUCAGAGUUCUUUUGCUAAUAACAAUGAAUGGCAAGAUUUUUACAAACAAUUAAGCGAUCUAGAAUGGAAUUAUGGCAUGACACCAGAUUUUACUUACAAUAUCGAAACUAAAUUUGAGUGGGGACUUGUUGACCUUCAUAUUGAUUACAAAGCAGGGAAAAUUUCGUCUGUAAAAAUGUUUAGCGAUUCUCUCUUUCCAGUUCUUGUAGAGUCAGUUGAAGAAGGGCUUGUUUCUCAAGAAUUUUCAAAGAAUGGAAUUAAUUUAUUCGAAUCGUGGAUGCUCAAUGUGAAAAUACCUUCUCUACCCAACAUUGAUGAUGCCUCAAAGCAAUUACUUCAAACUUACACCACUCAACUUUGUGCAUGGAUGUCUGUUGCUCUAUUUCAAUAG